AUGAAGUGCCACCCGGGGAGAGCGUCUCCCGUCAUCAACCAAGUACUGUACGGGAGCGGUGCAAGAUCUACAGGGUAUAGUCCUUUGAGUGAUUUUGGGCACAAUGUACGAGGUCCCCCUUCGGGUGCUCAAGAAGGAGGAUGGGAGAAAGACGUAAGCUCAGCACUCUACAACCCGUCUUCAAAAGGGUUUCAGGUGGCACAGUAUAGUACAGUAUACAAUAGAUAUUUUAUUUGCACCAUAUGUGACCUUCAGAAGUUCAUACUUGAAGCUCUUAUCAUUCAUCAUUUUAUUUUCCCUUCUUUCAGUACUCCCCAAAGAAAAGCCAGCACUGGAGCGACUGGCAGCUUUGGUGCCAUGUCACUUGAGUCUCUGCUUAAGUGCAUUCAGGAGCUGGACAUGGAUGACACCCAACGCAGACGCAUGGAGAUAUUCCUCGUCCAGAAGCAAAAGAUUGGUGAAUUAAAUGCUGAUGACUUUGAAAAACUUGGUGAGCUGGGAGCAGGGAAUGGAGGAGUGGUAAACAAGGAACGACACAAGCCGUCUGGGCUCAUCAUGGCACGGAAGUUAAUACACUUAGAAGUGAAGCCAGCUGUGAGAAACCAAAUAAUACGUGAAUUGAAGGUACUUCAUGAAUGCAACUCUCCAUUCAUUGUGGGAUUCUAUGGAGCGUUUUACAGUGAGGGUGAAAUUUCUAUAUGUAUGGAGUACAUGGAUGGUGGAUCCCUUGAUCUGUGUCUGAAGAAAGCCAUCCGCAUUCCUGAGCCAAUUUUAGCAAAAAUAUGUUCUACGGUAUUGAAAGGUUUGGCAUAUCUUCGUGAAAAGCACCAGAUAAUUCAUCGGGAUGUAAAGCCUUCCAAUAUUCUUGUCAAUUCUCGUGGAGAAAUCAAGAUCUGUGACUUUGGAGUGUCAGGCCAACUUAUUGACAGCAUGGCUAACACAUUUGUAGGAACCAGAAGUUAUAUGUCACCAGAACGAUUGAAUGGGGACCACUAUUCUGUAGCUAGUGACAUCUGGAGUCUUGGAUUAUCUCUGGUAGAGAUGGCUAUUGGUAUGUAUCCCAUCCCACCACCUGACCCCAACACACUUAAGAAAAUAUUUGGAUCCAAAAUUGAGGGUGUGAGCCCGUCCCCAACGUCACGCUCACCAAGAUCAGCUGGUCUUCCUGGUGAGCCACGGCCUAUGGCUAUCUUUGAGCUUUUGGAUUACAUAGUGAAUGAGCCACCACCUCGGCUACCUCCGGGUGUGUUCACUCCUGAGUUUGUAGAUUUGGUAGACCGAUGCCUUAAGAAAAGUCCCAGUGAGAGAGCUGAUCUUACAACAUUACAGAACCAUGAAUGGAUAAAACGAGCUGAACAAGAGGAUGUGGAUAUUGCUGGAUGGGUAUGCAAGACAAUGGACAUAACACCUUCCACUCCUACAAAACCAUCUGCUGAAGCAAAUUGUUGAAGUUGUGGGACAGUUAAAUGCUAUGGAAAGAGGUGUGCAUAUUCCGCUGGCUGGAGAAGCACCAGAACCACCUUGAACCUUGUACUACAUGUGAUGUAUAAAUUGUAAUUGUUCCAAGUGAAUUACAGUGUUGUUUAUUGUGCGUCCAAACACUUGUCUAAUUAGUCCCAGUGGUGACUUGCUAUUCCCGAGGCCAAUUUUUGAGUGUCAGUUGAUUGACACAUUGUCAACAUAAAAGUAACUGUUACAGAACUGUGGUAGUAUCAGAAAUGUGAACCAAAGAAGGUGUGGGGAACAAAGUAAAUUUGUCCAGGCACAAAUAUGAUGGUCAGAAAUUAGAGUUAUAUUAGUAAAAAUUAAGGACCACUUCAAGUGGUAAAAAAAAAAAAUUCAGCAUGAAAGUUAGUGUAGUUAAAACUGUGAUGAUAAUAAGACUUGAAAGGAAUCAGUGUUGCAUGGUAUUCCAGGAACUGAAAUCUCUUGGUAAAUUAAGUGUUGCAAGAUUGUCCAGAAACUGAAUUCUGCACAUACCUGUUCACCCUUUCUUUUAUCUAUUAACUUUCGUUGAAAAUUUGAACCACAUUGUAAAUUCUUAUACACAUUAGCAUUUCUCUGUAAUUAAUUAAUUAUAUUGUUGUAAAUUAUUGUAAACACUAAUAUUUUAGUGUAAGUUAUUUUUAUGCACAAAUGCUUAUGUUAAUUUUAAACAGAUAAAUUGUUAUGAGGCAGGGGAUUUGAAGGUAAAGGGAGGGGCUUCAGUCUCUCGUUAGUAACUUCAUUUUGGCUUUUUGGAAGAGACAUGGAUUUUAUAUUGCUAAUUUAAACGGCUAUUUUUAUUGCAGUAUGACUCAGAAAUCUUAAAUGGUCUGGACUUGAGCCUCUGUAUUUUUCUGGAUUUAGGAAAGUUGGAAUUGGAGCUAAAAAAAAAAUGACAGUAAUGUAAACAAAAAAUUCCUUCCUACAUAACAUGUAAAUAUUAUAUAGGACUUAACAAAAUCAUGCUGUGCUCCUUGCUUACAGGUGACUGCUGUAGAACAAUGGUUCACUAAGCCCAGGCUCUUCAACUAAACCACUAAAAUAUUGUGGCAAGUUAUCAGCUGACUGUGCAUCAGUAGAUUUUCUCAUCACUCCUAGGAGGUCACCUGAUGCUAUAGCCAACCAUGUGAGAAGUUACAGGGCUCAUUAUUGUCCAUUUUCUCAAGAAAAAAAAAAAACUUUUUGCAUAUUGUGCUACUUUAAUGCUUGCCUUCCUCUGAACCAGUCAAAUAAACCUCUUCCAAUUAAAAUUACUCCUAGAAUAGAACUCAAAUAAUUUACCUUUCAGGGGCAUUAUAAUGUACAGUUGAUGCAUCAGUAUUGAAUUCUUUCAUAAUUUUAUUACCUAAAUGACCUUUUCUCCUCUCUGCAUAUGCUACAUCACCACCACUUUUUACCCAGUUUUAAUAACAGUUCUUCCUUUUCAUAUCUGAGGUUCCAUUAUCCUGUCCAAAAUCCAUUCCAAGAUUAUAAUGUAAAAAAAAAAAAAAAAAAAAAAAAAAAUGUGCAAAUGCCAAAAGAGCAGAUGUGUUAAACAUGAGCUAUACACAAGAACUAGCCUUGAUUAUUGCAGAUACUUGGCAUCAUAUAUUAUUUCUUUUAUCAAAAAUGGGCAAUUCCAAUUUCUUUUGUUAAGGUUUUAGGAUUUUUG